AAGAAAGAGAAAGUAUAUUUCAAAAAGUUUCUUUCUUUGAGAGAGAAACCAACCAAGGAAUUCAUUUCAGACAGAACAGAUCAUCACUCUCUUCCCAUGUUUUCUCUUUUUCCUCUUCAAAGUUUCAAUCUUUUUCCCAUUUUAGAUCUACCCUUUUCGGUUCUACGUACGUACAUGUAAAUUUGAAUCGCAAAGUCCAAGCUUUAGUAGCGUUUUAAAAAUGGGGUGGUGAAGGGUGGUGGAGGUUAUAUGAUUCUCUUUUUCUAAGUAUAAACAGAAAGAGAAGGAGAAAAAAAAAGGUUAGAAUCCGAGGAAUGGAGUAGAAGGGGAGGGGGACAAAGCAUAGAGUUAUCGAGAGGUAUAUGGAUUCCGUUUGAACCCAACAGUGACCUUUGUUGUAAAAGAGAAAGAGAGGGAAGUGGAAGUGUGUUGUUGGUUCCUUUUUUCAGGGUUUUUUUUUUUUUUUAAUAAAAGGUAGCCAAAGGGGUUCGCUUUUCAGCAUGCCACUUGGGUUUAAUAAAAGGGAAGGAGCGUCAAGGAAGGCCAGAGACUGAGUGAAAGACAGAGAUAAGAGGAGAAAUAAGAGAGUAGUGGAGGAGGGACCAAAAAAAAAUGCAGGAAACAAAGAAGAAGAAUGGUGGAGCUGGCAAUGAAGAUUCCAAGAAGAAGGAGCGUCAUAUAGUGACGUGGACUCAAGAGGAAGAUGAUAUACUUCGUGAACAAAUCAGUUUACAUGGAACUGAAAACUGGGCUAUCAUUGCCUCAAAAUUCAAGGAUAAAACCACAAGGCAGUGCAGGAGAAGAUGGUACACAUACUUGAAUUCUGAUUUCAAGAAAGGGGGAUGGUCACCAGAGGAAGAUAUGCUCUUAUGUGAGGCUCAAAAGGUAUUUGGCAAUAGAUGGACAGAAAUAGCAAAGGUGGUUUCAGGCAGAACGGAUAACGCUGUUAAAAAUCGGUUCUCCACACUAUGCAAGAAGAGAGCUAAGUAUGAAGCCUUGGCAAAAGAGAACACAACAACAUGUAUAAACGCAAAUAACAAAAGAAUUUUAUUCCAAAAUGGGUUCAAUACAGAGGGAACAACAGAAUGUACUGCUCCUGUUAAGAGAAUGAGGAGAUCCCACAUCUCUGAUGUCAUGGAAAAUUGCGAUUUCGGAGAUAGAGCACAUAAAGUAUCUGGAACAAUAAUCAAUCAGCAGCUAAGGCAUCCAUUUGCUGUUUUGGGUCAAAAUCUCCACAAUGUUAACAAUGUGGUGGUGCAAUCUCAAAUCAACAAUGUUAAGGAGGUCUCUAAUGAUGCAGCUCAGAAUAAUAGAACUCAAGGAACAUUUCUCAAAAAGGAUGAUCCGAAGAUAACUGCUUUGAUGCAGCAAGCAGAGCUACUCAGCUCACUUGCAUUGAAAGUUAACACAGAUAAUACAGAACAGAGUCUGGAAAAUGCUUGGAAGGUUCUCCAAGACUUUUUGAAUCAGAGUAAAGAAAAUGACAUCUUCAGAUAUACAAUCUCUGAUAUUGAUUUUCAACUUGAAGAUUUCAAAGACUUGCUAGAGGAUUUAAGGAGCAGUAACGAGGGAAGUCGACCAUCUUGGAGGCAACCUGAUCUGUAUGAGGCAUCUCCAGCCAGCUCUGAAUACAGUACAGGGUCAACGCUGAUGCCUCAUCUGGCUGGGCAAAAAGGAGAAGAAACUCAAGUUAAGAUACAUGCACUGCACCAGGAUAUACUGUCAAGUCAUAUUGGAGAGCAAAAUUGUGGUAGUGAACAGGAGAAAGGUGCUCUUUCCAGUGCAAACACAGAUCAUGUCGAGAUAAUCCCAUCUUGUGAUGACCAAACAAACAUUGUAGUUGCUUCUACCUCAUCAAGUGCAGACUUCAGUUCCCCAGUCCAAGUCACCCCACUUUUCAGAUCUCUAGCAGCAGGAAUUCCCAGCCCAAAAUUUUCGGAAAGUGAAAGGAACUUCCUACUUAAGACACUUGGAAUGGAGUCCCCUUCUCCUAAUCCAGGAAACAAUCUUUCACAACCACCACCUUGCAAACGAGUCCUCCUCCAUAGUCUAUAACAAACCUCUGAUCAUCUCUUAUACUGAAAACAACAUUGGUCUAUAGUCAAUAUAUCUCAUCAUUCGUUCCCUUGAGCAACAUAGCUCAUGUUGAGUUUUCAUCCAUUUUUUUUCAUCCUAGGAUUGCAGCCAUCUUGGCCUGGAAUUUUACAACAAGGCAUUUAAUGAUCUGCAUUCCCAGCUACUGGCUUAGAAUGUUUUGGUGCAUUCUAGCUCAGACACAUCCAAUAAGAUGUCCUGAGCCCCAUUAAUUUUUCUCUUCUAAUUUCCCUUUUUUCCUACUAGAGAGUACUACCUUAAUACUCACAUUAAAAACAGUGUGUGCUUGUUAGUGUGUGUCAUUCUUUUGUUUGUCAUCUCAUCCGGAGCGGUUUCGGGUAUCUCUUCUUCCAUCCUUCUGAUCCAGUUUUUGUCCUUGAUUUGUGAUUUUGUACAGAACCUUCUAUAUAAAAUCCUUAGAGUGUAAUUAUACAUUGGCAGCUUGCCUACAUAUGAUAAAAGAAACAGAGGAAGAAAAAAAAGUCAUAGUGAAGGAGGAUUAACCACUUGAUUCGAUUCCUAUUUGAUGUUGUCCGGUGUGCAGAGGGUAUAGAAUAAGUUUUUUGUGGUUUUCUAUCCUGAUUUCUAAUGUAAUGAUACUCGAUGUGAUUUGAGUGAAAAUGUGUUUUGGCUUUGGUGUGCAUUAUUA